AUGGCACGCGCAAUCAAAAGAUGGAAAAUCGAUGGAGCUCUUCCGAGCCCGGGCGAGGGGGGACGGGGAGUGGGGGGAGGGAGUAAAGUGGGCGGUUGGAUGCGAAGGGGUGGCGUCCCCCUCGCACCGCCCGCGCGCGAGCGAGAGGGAAAUAAGCCGGUCACACGGUCACCGGGUCACGCAACCGUUCGUUUCCCGUUGAAAGCUGAAAAGUUCCAAGACAAGUCAGUUUUAGCGUCAUCU